ACAUUCGUUUUCUCUCAGAAACCGUGGAUGAAACAGAGAGAAGGGGAAAAAAAGAAAGAAAGAAAGAAAGAAAGAAAAGGAGUUAUAUAACUAUUUAACUGUGCAGUUUCUUUGUCUGCUCGCCUUUUUGUUUUGUUUAGAGGCUACAAAAUAUUAGGUUUAAACUACUAAGCCGUGUUUUAUUACACGGACUACAGUUCAUAUUCCUGUGUUUUACUUUUGCACAAAUAUUCCGCAACAAAAUAUAAUGGCUGCUAUCAGGAAGAAGCUGGUGGUGGUCGGAGAUGGUGCUUGCGGUAAAACCUGCUUGCUUAUCGUCUUCAGCAAAGACGAGUUCCCCGAGGUGUAUGUGCCAACAGUCUUUGAGAACUAUGUCGCCGAUAUUGAGGUGGACGUCAAACAAGUUGAGCUGGCUCUUUGGGAUACCGCUGGGCAGGAAGACUACGACCGCCUGCGCCCUCUCUCCUACCCGGACACCGAUGUCAUCUUGAUGUGCUUCUCCGUGGACAGUCCUGAUUCGCUGGAAAACAUCCCGGAGAAGUGGGUCCCCGAAGUGAAGCACUUCUGCCCAAACGUGCCCAUCAUUUUAGUCGCCAACAAGAAGGACUUAAGGAACGACGAAAGCGUCCGUAACGAACUGGCCAGGAUGAAGCAAGAGCCGGUGAAAACUGAGGACGGCCGGGCCAUGGCAGUUCGAAUCGGAGCCUACGAUUACUUGGAGUGCUCGGCCAAAACCAAAGAUGGAGUGCGGGAGGUUUUUGAGACUGCCACAAGAGCUGCACUCCAGAAGAGAUCCAGGCCGUCGGGUGGCUGCGGAAACUGCUGCAAACUGUUGUAAUUUACUGACCAUGAACCGAGACGCUUACUUCUAAGCAAAGAUAACAAGAAGAGACCCUCCUCCGGCAAUCGAUGCCAGGAUACAAACUCACAAAAAAAUGUGACUUGUGUGUUUUGUUUGUGGAGAAAAUAUGCUAGGCGACUGUGCCUGCCCUCUCUUUCUUUAGAAGUCUGACAUGAAAUAAAUAAGACUAUUUGCAGAUUGGCCGGGUGGAUAUGGAAAACGAGCUGUGGCAUGAAGGGGGUUCAUCUAGGGCUGAAAUGUGUAAUUCGGGAAUAUGAAACGUUUUGUUCCUGUGUUGAGACUAUAUGGUCCGGCGAAGUAGAUGGGCUUGAUAAGCCACCUUGAUCAAAAUGGACAUGGAAGUUCCUGACUGAAGUGUGUAUGUGGCGGAGGGUGUAUUUUUUAUUUCUGAAGCGAUGAGACCAGCUAGAUGGACUUCUUUAAUAAAGGUGUUUUAAACCAGGGGCAUGCAGCGAACCAAGAUUAAAACCUGUUUAAAUUUGUGUUGAAGUGGGGAGGGGGCACUACGGGGCUUUAUGCAGUCAUAAUGUUAACAUAAUUUUGCUUUCACAAAGACUUUGCCAUCACAGAGAAGGUGCCCGCUUUUCAGUCAAGAAUGACUACAGAUGCUGUAUUUUAUAGUGGGUAUAUUGAAUACCAAGUGUUAGGCUUUCUUUUGAAACUGUCUUUUUUUCUGAUUGAUUGCACAAUUAGGUUUUGUGCCAAACCAUCACAUUUUUUAACCUUCAGUGUAUCCAGCUUCAUUUUGUUAAGUUAGAUAUUGUCGGGGGGGGGGGGGGCACUAUAUGUUUGCCUUGAACCUUUGUGGCAUCGCUGAACUGGGUGGAGUUUGUCACAGUAAUUUUAUUAUGGCAACUUUAGUCAAAUGUUUUAUUUAAAAAAAAAAAAAAAAAAAGUGUUAAAUGUUUUCGGUGGCAACAUUUGUGAAAGGAGGUUGUACUGUUAUUGUAUAUAAUUUAAUAUUUUGAUACGUCUUAGCUAGUGGUACAGAGGAUAUUGUCUUUGUCUAAAACUGACAAUUAUGAAGUUAUAAGACGUAUAAUAUGAUGUUUACAAGAACCGUAUGUAAGCUGUGAAAGAACAGUUUUUACAAAAGUAAUAAAAACACAAACAAAUAAAA